CCAGCGGACCACGGAGGCUGCACAUUCCUCUGUAGGCGCGGUGGACUUUCCCGAGCGGCGGGUUGUUUCGCUUGGGCAAAAAAAGAAAAAAAGAUUGUUUUAUCAGCCGUAACAGCGGGCCAAUGAACGCUGCUCGUGCGCCUCCGCAACAGUAGCUGUUAGCCGCAGGUGGAAGUGGACUGAGGGGACACGGUGGGACAUGGACCGCGAGGAACAACCAGAGCGUCAACCUGCCCGACUACAGGGAGUGUGACGGACUGAUUUGGAGGUUAGACGCUUCAUUGUAACUUCCAAAAGUCCUCUUGAACUAACUUGCAGCAGAAGUUGAUUUAAAACGCACUCAACCAGGUGACUUUUUUUUCUCCAAAGAUGGCUUUAUAACUCCUUUUUAAAGUUAACCUCUGACUUGUUUACAUUGGCGCAGAUUACUUUCAGUGGUGUCAAAGUAAGAUUUCCGGGGUGUCUGUGUGCGUGUGUGUGUGUGUGUGUGUGUGCGUGUUAGAAUAAGUCCCGACAGGUCUAAUAAGUUAACAAGACAGUAAAAACCAAAAGACAUCAAAUGGACUUGACGAGGAGUUUACGAACAGUCCUUAUCGGCUCAUUACACGCAGGCUGAUUAUUCAUUAACAGUUUUCAUUUCAGUGGUUUUUGACCAUGGCGGGCUGCUGGCACUGGUGCCACCGCCGGUGUGUGUGCUGCCUGUCCGAGGAGGAGAAGACAAACAUCGCUGUGGACAAUGAGAUCAAGAGGAUCCUCAAGCAGCAGAAGAAGAAGGAGAGGAAGGAAAUCAAAAUCCUCCUGCUGGGUACCGGUGAGAGCGGGAAAACUACCUUCAUCAGACAGAUGAGGAUCAUCCACGGACGAGGCUUCUCAGAGGAGGAGAGGAGGAGCUUUUGUAAAUGCAUCUACCAGAACAUUCUCACAGCCAUGAAGGCCAUGACGGGAGCCAUGGCCACUCUCAAAAUCCCCUACUUCAAUCCCAAGAACGAGAUCUACGCCAAGUGGCUGCAGGACGUAAACACAGUGCAGAUCAGCCAGCUGGAGCGCGGCUACGUUGACGCAGUCCGCCGCCUCUGGGCAGAUUCGGGCAUCCGGGUCUGUUACAGCCGGCGCUGCGAGUACCAGCUCCUGGACUCCACAGAGUACUACAUGAGCAACCUGGACCGCAUCUCUGCCCCGGACUACAUCCCCACAGAACAGGACGUUCUGCGAGUUCGAUUCCCCACCACGGGCAUCCACGACUACUCGUUCACCAUCAAGAACAUCACACUAAGGAUUGUAGACGUGGGCGGUCAGAAGUCGGAGCGUCGGAAGUGGAUCCACUGUUUCGAAAACGUCACCUCGCUCAUCUUCCUGGCCUCCCUCAGCGAGUACGACCAGGUCUUGGAGGAGAGAGAGACCAUCAACCGUAUGCAUGAGAGUCUGGCUUUGUUCUACACCACCAUCCAUUCUCCUUGGUUCUUCAACACCUCCAUCAUCCUCUUCCUCAACAAGACUGACAUCCUGGCAGACAAAGUCCAGACCUCUGACCUGCAGAAAUACUUCCCCAGCUUCACAGGUAAGAGGCAUGACCCCGAGGACGCCAAGAACUACAUACGCAAGCUGUACGAGCAGCAGGCCGCCAACCGCGACAAAAGGGACGAGUGGAAGACUCUGUACCCGCACUUCACCUGCGCUACAGACACCAACAACAUCCGCAGGGUCUUCAGCGACGUCAAGGACACGGUUCUGCUCAAGUCUCUCAGGGACUACGGGGUUAUCUGAAGCUUCUCACACGGACAUGGACGUGGAGAACAGGAGGAAGACGGUGGUCCUUGACCCUGCCUGCACGAUUCACUUCCACUUUCUCUUUUUCUAUGAUUUUGUUUUCUGAGGCAACAAUCAGACCAUCGUCCUUCCGCCAUGCUUCUGUCCACCCCUCAUCCUCCUGAUCGUCUUCUCUUAUCGAGUCUUAAUGCAGAAGGGAAGGUGGAGAACAAAAAGGCCAAGUUUGUACUCAUCUCUCACCUUCACCACCCCCACUCUCGCCUCCUCUUCUUCUCGAGUAGAAAACGUGAAGACGUUUAGGGAGAUUGGAAGAGACAACUAGACUUCUGAUCAGGGAGCGAGGAACCAUUAACCCCCCCCCCCCACCUUGUUGAGUGUUUGGUUGAUGCAGUGACUGAAUUGAACCAUAAUUUAAGAGAUGCUAUCAAGUACUGUGCUGCAGUUAACGGAGUAAUGACUUUUACAAUUGGAGAUGGGGCCAUGCUUGGGUACACCAACCUGCCACUCACAUUUCUAACGCUUUUCUUUUUGGGUCCACCAGGUACAAACACUGUAAACACAAAAACAGUUUCUAUUGUGUAACAUAAAUAGCAAUACACGAGGUACAAUCCACUGCUCCAUUUAUUAUCAGACAUCCUGAAUUGGGGUAUUUUCUCUCUGCGAUUAAUGUCACCACAGUCUUCGUCAGAGAGCCAAAAUCCUUAUUGACUACAGUUAUCUCACACUGGCAGUACUGCUAUCUGUUCGGCACCGUCUCCACCAAUUAUUAUGUGCAGAAAGAUUGAGUGACCAGCAUCUUUGGCGUCGAUACCUGGUGUGAUAACAUCCUUUAGGUUCACCUCCAGUAGGCUGAACAACAGGUGAGUGAGUCUUCAAUCAGUACAAACAGUGAGUGAAAAUCAAAUGAUUCAACAACUGGAUACUUCUGGCCUCUGUUCAAGAGUUUUGCAGAUAGAGCACAAUUUCUUCCAUUUUUUUUUUUUUAAAUGAAAUUUUCUAAUUCAAACGUAAACUCUAAACUGUUUUUGGUCGGUGGAUCCACCUGUUGUUGGCGUGCGUCAGUUUCAUUGCAGAGCAACAGAUUAGUUCACCGUCUCAAAGCUAAUUAUCCGUGUUGUCUUACCGGUACGAGGGGAAAGAUAAGCUCAUGAAGGAGGAGGUUUGAAUGGUUUAUGUUCAAAACACUGGAGCUAAAAGUACUUUAAAGCAGCUAUAGUCAACAUUUUUAGAUUAACAGUGGAUACUUGUGUGACUGUUAGCUCUACGGAGCGUUAGCAUCUUUUAGCCUGCAACUUUAGUCUGUGUUCUGGUUUACUCUCGCCGCUCUCAUACUGUUGUUUACCGACGCAACAGGCAGCUGUUUUGAGCAAAAGAGUUUGGAUUAAAUCUCUGUAUGCUACCUGCCCAGCGUGAAGCAUCAGACAGACACAGUGAGCGACUCGCUGGUGAACACAGUGGAGCAUUUAGCAGCUAAAGAGACAGAUGUUUCUCUCAGGAGUUGGUGGAGAACAAAAACGGAGGGUGAAUAUUGGACUUCCAUUCACCAACUAAAUGAAUGCUUAUGUUUCACCAUAACUGCUGUUUUCUAGGUUCUCCAUAUACAAAUUACAAGGUGUCAAUGUUGGGACUCAAAAUAUCAGCUAAAGCUGGUUCUAGAGCUUAAAAGUCUAUAUUUCAGAGUGUCAAAUAUACGAAUGGUCACAGUAUCUGAAAUGAACCUGUUUUGUACGUUUCAACAUUCAGUCUCCAUAAAGCAAUAAAGCCAACAGCGGAUUAUGCACCCCUCAAAGCAAUAAUGCACAACAGUGAAAUCAAUGCCAUGAACUUGAGCACAAAUCACAGACGGAGGCUGACAAGCUUUAAAAGGUCACGAGUGAAAGAACUGAGAAAACAGCUCGAUUCACACGACGACUUCAAACCAACGACGGUGAAAAAAAACAAACAUCCAACGGGCGAUCUGCUGAGUAAAGAGUAAAUAAUAUUAACAUGAACUCUAGGCACAUCCUAGAUUUCGGCUGCUGUUUUGUUCAUUGUAUAUAGACUGUUUUGAUCUCCACACUACAUUUACUGAUGACUACUUUGGAUUGAGUUUUGACUGCUGUAUUUUUUUAAUACCGUUUACCAAACUGUGAUCGUCUAGAGAACUACUUUUUGGCAUCGGGAAACCUCCUCUCAUAGGGUGACAAGUGAAUUAUUUUGUGUAGACUCAGGUGGAGGAAGUGGGCAAUUCUUUUGUUUUCCAGUGAAUAUUAAAAACAAACUUUUGAAACACACCGCUCUGCUUCCCUUUGUUUGUCUCCUCUGGCAGACAUGGACAGAGAGUGUCUCCUUGUGUGUCUGUGUGGUGCGUUUUCUCUGUCACCAACACUAAGAUGGUCUCACAGGCUGCCAUCACAUGCUCGCUGUGACUCGCAGUUUGCAAAUAAAACAAUUGGGAUUUGCAUAGGAUUGACACACGGGGUUUUUUAUCACGCCGUACUCAUUUCAGAACAUGGUGUCACAUCCAUUAAAGGGGAAAACUUACCAUGUUCAGAGUCUGAAAAUGUAGACAGUUGAGGGUAGUCCAGGCUUUACACAGUUGUUUACGUAAGCUGUCUUAUUCCUCCACCCUGCUUGCAGAGGCAAAGUAGUUCCCCAUAAGAGUGACAAAUGGCUUUUUAGUUUUCUUCGAGCGCGAAUCCACUGACAGCAAAAGAGCACGUCGCGUGACACGUUUACAUAACAAAUAUUAUGCAGAUAGACAGAUAGUGAAGCAUGUCCCCGAGUAAUUUCACUGUAACACACACACACACACACUGUGGCUGGUAGUGGCUGUCAGAGCACCGCACCACGGGAGUGUGAGGGUGUGAUCCUGUGGCCCUGGUGACUGUCAAUCUCAUCCAGACGACUUGACAUUCU